AUGAAGAGGUCCCAAAACACGUUAGAUAACUUCAUAGUUGUAAAAAAGCAAAAGGAGGAAGAAAAAGAAAUUAAAAACGAUAACGAAAAGGAAUCAGAGGGCGUGGAUUAUAUCAAUGAUAUUAUUAAUAAUCAGCCAUCUACAAGUUCAACAGUUUCAAAAACUGGAGAUUGUGGUAAUCAGUUACGGAACUCCAGCUCCAGAGAAAUGGAAAUUGAAGAAGGCGAAGUGUGUAUGUCUGAAAAUGAUAUGGAUGCUGGAAAAGUUCUAGAUCACGAUAUGAUUACAGACUUGCAGAAAAUGAACAUUUUGAAAUAUGCUAUGGUACCAGGCAAAGAAUUCAUAUAUCCUUUUUCAUUACACACAAAGAAAAACAAGGACGUGAAAUGCUAUCUGUCCCAGAAACAUUUCCAGCUGUUCGAAUGGUUAACAUUUUCAGUUUCGAAAAAAGGUAUAUUCUGCAAAUACUGCCUGUUAUUCGCAAAGUACGGUGGUCAACACAAACAGACCCCUUUAAACAAACUAAUUAAAACUCCAUUAUGCAAAUAUUCCAAAUUACUGGGAAAAGACGGGGAUUUGGUCAGUCAUCAAGAAAGUAGCUUUCAUAAAGAAUCAGUAAUAAAUGCAAGGAAUUUCACCAAGAACUACUGUGACGAAAAAAACAAGGUAAUUAAUAUGUUGGACACUGAAAGACGAGAACAAAUUAUCGAAAAUAGGAAGCGUCUCACUUCUAUUAUUGAGAGCAUUAUCUUUUUGGGUCGGCAGAAUAUUCCAUUAAGAGGACAUAGAGAUAGUGGAGCUAUUGUGAUAAAAAGUUCUGAAACUGAAGAUAUAGAUUUAGAUGUAGAAUCUUCACCCACUGCAAAUGAAGGGAAUUUUAGAGAACUUUUACGUUUUCGCGUCGAAAGUGGAGAUACCGUACUGAAAGAACAUUUGAAAAACUCAUCUUCAAAAGCAACGUACAUCAGCGCAAAAACUCGAAAUGAACUGAUCGAAUAUUGUAAAGAGGAAAUUAUAACUACUAUAUUGAAGAGGAUUACAGAGUGUAAGUACUACUGUAUUAUAUUUGAUGAAACUACAGACGUUAGUCAUAUCUCACAAAUGUCUGUCACACUCAGGUAUGUUUCAAAAAAUCAAAUUUUCGAAGAUUUUGUCGGUUUUAUAAAUUGUCACGCAUCUAAUUACAAUGAACCUUCGAUAGAACCAGUUAUGACAGGCAAAAUUUUAGCACAAACUGUCGUGAAACUAAUGAAAUAUUUGAAUUUGAAUAUGGAUCAUUGUGUGGGAAUUGGUACCGAUGGGUGCAAUUUAAUGUUGGGUGAACAGAAAGGCGCCGUUAAAGAAUUGCAACAAGAAUUGAAAAAUGCUCUGAAGUGCCCAUGCAGUAAUCACGCCUUGAAUUUAUCUAUUUCGAAGAGUUCAAAUGUUCAGUCAAUAAGGAAUGCUACUGGUAUCAUGAAAGAAGUCAUCACCUUUUUCAAUUCAUCUUCCAAGAGACACAGUGUUCUAUUGCACGUUAAUGGAAAGAAUUUAAAAAAGUUAUGUGAUACAAGGGAGAGAGAUUCCGCAUCUAAAGCUGCUUGUCUGAAAUUAUCCUUGAUUUCCACCAACUUCAUUACUAAAACUAUAGAUAAUUUGUAUGCUGAGAAGAUCAUUACGAAUGUUUUACAAACAUUGCAAUAUAAAAGAGAGAAAGGUGACGAUAAUUUCAAUAAAAUUUACAAAGACAUAACGAAGAUUCACGAAAUGUUAGAGAUCGACAUUACUAUGCCACGGGUGAUGCAGCAGAAAAGGCCCACAAGGCAAAAGAUCAGAAAGAAACUGAGAAUUCACUACAAUCCUGGCUCAAGCGAGCCAGAGAGCGCCGCCAGCAGUCCAGCUCAAAAAAAUUUUGAACUGUAA